GCCCCAGCAAUGUGGAGAGGCCUGGGGCUGGCCCUGGCUCUUUGUCUCCUCCCCACGGGAGGAACAGAGAGCCAGGGGCAGAGCUCCUUUUGUAAGCAACCUCCAGCCUGGAGCAUAAAGGAUCAAGACCCCAUGCUGAACUCCUAUGGUUCAGUGACGGUGGUUGCCCUUCUUCAAGCCAGCUGAUACCUGUGCAUACUGCAGGCAUCUAGAUUGGAAGACCUGCGAGUAAAACUGGAGAAAGAAGGAUAUUCGAACAUCUCUUACGUUGUUGUUAAUCAUCAAGGAAUCUCUUCUCGAUUAAAAUAUGUACAUCUUAAAAAUAAGGUUUCAGAGCAUAUUCCUGUUUACCAACAAGAAGAAAACCAAACAGAUGUCUGGACUCUCUUAAAUGGAAAGAAAGAUGACUUCCUCAUAUAUGACAGAUGUGGCCGCCUUGUAUAUCAUCUUGGUUUGCCUUAUUCCUUCCUAACUUUCUCAUAUGUAGAAGACUCCAUUAAGACUGUUUACUGUGAAAGUAAAUGUGGAAACUGCUCUCUCAAGACACUGGAAGAUGAAGGCUUCUGUAAAGAUGUAUCUUUGGCUACUGCGGAAAAAACCACCGAGGCUCCACAGCCCCAUCACCAUCACCAUCACCAUCACCAUCAUCAUCACCAUCUUGAGAACGGUCAUCUUUCAGAGUAUCCAAAACCAGAAGCACCAGAUAACCCUGAGCAUCCCCCUCCUUCAGGUCUUCAUCACCACCAUAGGCACAGGGGUCACCAAAGACAGGGUCACUCAGAGAACUGAGAUACAUUACAAAUUUCUCUUCCACAAAAGAAGCUCUGACGAAGUGGAUGCAUAAAUCAGUUACUCUGAAAAUUUCCCAAAGAUUCAGAAUCAGCUCUGAGUAGCUGAUGCUGACACUGCCGACAUCUGAUAUUUGAAAAAACAGGGUCUGCAGUCACCUGACAGUGUAAAGAAAACCUCCCCUCUCUAUGUAGCUGACAGGGCCUUCUGGCAGAGGAGCACGUCACUGAAUCUUGACAGUGACGUUUGCCUCCAGCUGCCUGCCAGGCAAGUCAGCAGCCCAACCCUACAGAAGCCAGCACCAAAUGAAGCUGAAAAAAGAAGGCAGAAAUGUGAAAAUGACCUUCAAAUUAA